AAAUGAAUGUUUGAAAGGAAUAUAGGCACCUGAAGUGCUAUUCAUAAUUCCUCAUGCUGAAAGGAGAAGUAAAGGGUGCAUCUGUCAUUCCCAGUGCUUUCUAGUUGGAGUAAGUCAUUUUGCAUGGGCAGCACGGGUAAUUUCGUAAUUUAAUCAAGUGAGAGAUGUUUAUAGGGAGGUAAACAUCUGCUGUCACUCGUCGAUUUUCAACUCAACCCAUUUUCUUCUGUGCUUUAUCAAUGGAAGACGACGAUCAAAAGGAGCUGCAGCUGCUACCUUGUCCGUUCUCCAUAGAAUCCUCUUCAGGGCCGCCUGAAUCUUCACUGAAAUACCGAUCGACAACAGCUGUUGAUGAGUUAGGUCCGUCACUGGACUUACAGCUCUCAAUUAGUCUCGAGCCGAUGCAGCCACAGCAAAAUUGCGCGGUAUCAAGCUCCAUGAGGGCAGACGCGGUGGAGGCACUGAAAUGGCAAGCGGCAGAGCAAAUUCGGCUGGCAGCAAUUGAGAAGGCGUAUGCGGAGAGAGUGAGGGAGCUGACGAAAAGGGAAAUGGAGCUGGCACAGUCUGAGUUUUCGAGGGCGAGGAACAUGUGGCAGCGGGUGAGGGAAGAAGUGGAGAAAGCGGAGAGAAUGAAGGAGAUGGCGACGAGGCAGAUAGAUUCUACGUGCAUGGAGAUCACAUGUCAAUCUUGCAGGCAAAGGUUCAGGCCUUGAUGAUAUAUGCUUAAUUUUUUGUUUUUCUUCCUAAGAAAACUAAUUAAUAUUCCGUGGACAAGUUGUUUGGUU